UACUUGAAACCUCUGCUCCGUACAAACAACUCUUUUCUCUUUUGAAGGAAUGUGUGAUGUUUUAAGAGGAAACGAUGCGCCGUUGUUUUGUCUUAGAAUGGUUUGAUGUGUGAUGUGUUGUGGCCCCGUUGAGGGGGAAAUCUGUUGGAUGUGAUGAAACUGUUUCCUGUGCACCAGACGGAACAAACGAGGCCCUCUGAGGUGUUCACUUUGUCUCUUAUGAUGUUUUUGUAAAUGAACGCUUUACACUUCGGCAGCUGAGGUGAGACGAAAUAUUGAAACCUGAGGGCACUUCCUUCAAUGUGACGGUGUCAAACUGUGGCAGAUUCUUUCAGAUCAUAGUUUACUGUGACUGCAGGUCAACUGGCGGCUUGUUGCUGCUCUCCAUCUCCAUCUACUGGAGGGAAACGCUGGACUGACCAGUAUCGAGGCUCGACCGACAGGCAGCCAAAAUAGCUCACCGAGGCCCACAUUUAUUUAUUCUGCGACUUGGAAUUUGGACCAUUUGGCCGGCGCAUUGACACACCGAAGGCAUGCGCGCUUCGGGGACUUUACGUGCCUUCCAGAUUUCUACGUAUUGCUGAUUUUUUUUCGCUUCCCUCCAAUAUCGGCCCGAGAGCGGCGCGCGGAGUCCUGCGGUCCCGUGGAAUUAUCACGGCGCCGAGGCGAGACACGCAUGGAACAUGGCUGCUAUGAGGACUUUAACCGUGGCAGGUCUGUUUUUGGCAUUUUGCGCUUUGGGACUGAUCGCGGUGGCCAUCAGCACCGACAACUGGUACGAGACCGACGCGAGGAGGCACCGGGAACGCUGCAAGAAUUACUCAAACAAAAGGAACGACCCCGGCUACAUUUACAUCUCCAACAACAACCUUCCGCUCCGCAUGUUGCCGAAGGAAAUACAUGCGGAGAAGAGGAGCGGCGAGGUGCUGCUGCGGGCCAAGCGGCACUUCUCGCCUCCUGCCGCGGCCAUGGAGUCCCUCUGCAGUCGGCAAUUCAACUCCACCAUAACCGGACUGUGGAAAAAGUGCCACCGAGGGGGAUUCGACCUGGAGAUAGAGGAUCUGAUCUUUAAAGGAUUGGUUCCGCGCUGCACACCAAUAAAAUACUACUACUCGUCAUCAGCGUUGCCCAGGAACCUGCCAAUCAAUCUGACGAAGACAAUAAGGCAGGAUGAGUGGCACGCGCUACACCUCCAGAGGAUGACGGCGAGUUUUGUGGGCAUGGCCAUAUCCAUCAUCCUGUUUGGCUGGAUCAUAGGCGUGCUGGGCUGCUGCAAGGAGCAUGAUCUGAUGCAGUAUGUGGCCGGACUUCUUUUCCUCAUGGGAGGGACCUGCUGCAUUAUCUCUCUGUGCACAUGUGUGGCCGGGAUCAACUUCGAACUGUCCCGCUAUCCUCGCUACAUGUUUGGAAUACCAGAGGACAUCAGCCACGGUUACGGCUGGUCCAUGUUUUGCGCUUGGGGUGGACUAGGCCUGACGUUGCUGGCCGGCUUCCUGUGCACACUCGCUCCUUCCCUCUACCCUCCACACACCCCCGUGGUGCACAAGCCCAGGCAAGAGAACGGCUGUGUGUGACACGCCGGCCGCACAUUCAACAGACACCUGUCUCCCCCUGAAACAGUGGACGAGCCCUGACGCACAGACAUUUAUACGCAGGGACUCCGAGCAGAGAGAGAGACAGAGAGAGAGAGAGAGAGAGAGAGACAGAGAGAAACAGAGAGAGAAACAGAGAGAGAGAGACAGAGAAAGAGAGAGAGAGAGCCUUCACAAAAACAAAGCACAGGACGCUGGCUCCGGCUCACAUGAAAACAAAAAAAGGAGGUGACAUUUGACUGACGAAGAUUUCAGUCCCUCUGGUGCUUUUUUUCCUAUCCCUCCUUAUGAAUGAACUGUUCAGUGUUAAUUGCUUGCUCUUCAAGAGGAGAAUGGUUAUUCAAAUUUUCCUCCUGUACAAUCUGCUAAAAAAAAGAGACAAAGAAAGUCUGGCAGGCAAUCAAUUGCACAACUUUGAAAAAUGUAUUGGAGAUCAAACUAUGGAUGUUUCUCAUUUCAAAGGGCAACUGUGUAUCAUUCUGUACCCAUUCAAAUCAAGACAUGUACAUGUACUUUUGGAAUUGUAUGUAUGCAGAUGCAUUUGUGUUUAUUCAAGGGAAAAAUAUGAAGAUCAAGACCAAACUGUGUUUGAGGGAAAUGUUUUGUUGUUCUUGAGGUCUUACUCCCAUCAAAAUAUUUUUGAAAAAUAAAGCAGUCUUGCAUAAUUAUUUUUUCUUCCUAUUGGACACACAGAGCAGGCGCCAUAUAAACUCCUUAGUGGUCAUCUUCUAUAUUUAGAAGUUUGUUUCAUUCAGCCACUUCUGAGAACUUAAUGAGGAAAUGUCUGCAACUUAAAUUUGAGUCAGUGACCUAAGCUCAGUGACAAAAAAAAUCCAACUACAAGAAACAAGACAAAGUUAAGUAAUUGUCUACAAGUAAAAAUGAGAAUUUAAAUUAUUUAAAAAAAGAAACAUCUUUUCAGAAAAGACAAUAACUUUGUGAUUACUUACUUUAUUCUGACAGCUGCACUAUUGUCCACCAUUGACACACAUUGUGAGCUGUAACUGGCCCACAACUUUUAUGAGAAAUUAAAUAUUUAU